GGCGUCACAAAUUAUUUAGCUUUUUUUUGUUUGUCGAGGAGCCUUGUUCACAAGAGGCAGGUUAGAUUUGUGGAAGCUAGAGGAGCACCCCUGCAUACAUUCUAACCUGGGGUUUCAAGCAAAUCGGACUUCCAGUCCAUUAUAGCUGCGUAAUGUCGUCUGAAAAUCUAUCAGAUACUCAGAUGGAAUAUGAGGAUGAAAAACAGGACUCUCAGGAAAAGAAUGCCAACCUUGUGAAGGGUGAAGAGGUCAAGCUGAAGGCCAAGUACCCCGGCCUGGGCCAAAAGCCUGGAGGCUCCGACUUCCUCAUGAAGAGGCUACAGAAAGGGCAAAAAUACUUUGACUCAGGUGACUACAACAUGGCCAAGGCCAAGAUGAAGAACAAACAGCUGCCCGUGGCGGGCCCCGACAAGAACCUCGUCACGGGGGACCACAUUCCCACGCCACAGGACCUGCCCCAGAGGAGGUCCUCCUUGGUGACCAGCAAACUAGCAGGCUAGCCUAGCCUCCACCCAUCCACCAGGCCCCCAGCUAAUGUUCCUCACCUGUUCCCCAACAAUGUUCCCCCCUAGUCAUCUCCAGGCUCCACUUGGCUUUAACAUAUCGGGGAGAGCUGUGAAAGUCAGUACAUAUUGCUUGUAUGUGGGUAUGGUGGGGAGGGGAGGUGAACUGGGACCUUUUCUACCAUCUCUCCACACAGCUCUGCCCUCUGCGCACUCUGCUCUACCGCCUCCCUUAUGUAUUGGUUUGGUGUUCAGAGGUACAUAAAGUAGAUGUGCCAUCGGGGAGGCUGAGUUCAAUGCACUUUGUAUUAUGUACAGUACGUUUUUGCAUCCCGAACGACACCAAAAUAUGUUGUUGACGAGGGGGUUGGGAACCAUGAUCGCUCCACAUUUUUCGAUGUUCUCGUUAAAGCUGGGGGUAGAUGUUUGCGUAUUUUGCUUGCACACCAAAUCUGGGAGGGAAGGGAACCAUGGGAAAGUAUCCAAAGGAAGGGAGCGGUAAUCAGAGGGAAAAGUGGAAACUGAUUUGUGGUUUCCUUUAUCUCAUGUUCUGUCAAACAAAAAUCCAAGGUUGUCCACGCUGACCUGAACGAACAGAUAUGAAACUGCACAUUUUCUGCUCAUGUCGCUUUAAUUCUUGACUCCCUGUUGCUCUUCUUUUUUAAAUAUGCUGCAUGAUUGUAACAUGUAUCGAAAUGUGCAAAUCUGGAGGGGUUAGACGACUGAUAGGAAGUAGCAAGCAACCAAAUGGAGCCCUGGAAUGUCCAUGGUCACUCUCCACACCUUCCUUCCUUCCCUCUCAAUGUCCUGACUAUCCACACACUCUGUCUGUAGGCUGCCCAUGGUGAAAGCAAUGGCAAAGCAAACUGAAUACCCAUGUAUCAUUUUUAAGGCUGGGAAAAGAAGCAACUGUUUAAUAUUCAAGUUAAAUCUCAGUUCUGUGGCUAUUACAUCACAUCAAAAAGCCUAAAUGAUUUGUAGGGGAUCAAUUCAGUGUAUAUUUCUGUAUUGUGUUGAGAAAUUUGACAUUUGGUAUGAUUUGUGUCUUCAUUAAAGGGUUGUUUGUUCAUUG